AGUGCCAUCAGAAAUCCAAAGAUGUCUCUCACAAACUUCCUGCUGCUGCUGCUGGGACUGGUGGCUAUUCUUCCUUCUCUUGCUGAUUACCAUAAGCCUCCCCCAGUAAAGAAACCACCGCAUUAUAAGCCUCCCCCAGUAAAGAAACCACCGGUAUACAAACCACCAUAUUACAAGCCUCCCCCAGUAGAGAAACCACCAGUAUACAAACCACCUAUUUAUAAACCACCAGUUUAUAAACCUCCUAAAGUAGAGAAGCCUCCAGUUUACAAACCACCGAAAGUGGAGAAGCCCAAGCCACCAUACUACAAACCCCCGGUGUACAAGCCAAAGCCACCUUAUGGUUACCAUCCAGGACACCCCCCAACGAAGAACGACUAGGCUCUCAUCCAUGAAACAAGCAACCACAGAAGCAUAUCUAUAUAUUAUAUUAUCGGCUACCUAUGAAGUUACUGAUGUAAUUAUUAUGAUGGUAGAUUGAUAUAACUAGCUAAAAAUAAGAGCUGUAUGGACAGAUACACUAUCUUGCGUACCUCAUUAAUCAAUCUAUAUGCUAUUAUAUAUAUGUUUA